AUUUUGGGGUAGAGAACAACGAUAAACUAGUCGACAGAUCGUGACAAAUUGCAAAUAAUUCCGCGUUUUUACAUCCCCACCCGAUCGGCUAGCAUUUGCAGCGAUGUCGAAGUCAGUCGCUCUUUAGCUCGGGUCACCUGCGGUUUUGGGACCGUCCCCCCAUUUUUCGAUAAGUGUUUUGUGUCUGUAUUGAAAAUAAAUUUUUUAAUUAUUACCUACAAUAUGUCAUGCAAAUCGUGGACUCUGCCGCGUUUGUCGCAAUCAGGUCCAUCCAGCCACAGUCUCCUGAAUUCAGUGCGUCUCACUUAUGCUUUAUGUGCUUUUUUGAAUUGUUUUCUUCACGCCGCCAUGCGCAACAUGCUCGGCAUGAUAAUACUGAAAAUGGUCAUGCCGCACCCAGAGGAUCACCUGGAGACUGCAUCCCAGGUGGCUGAACAGCUGGGGGGACACAAUGUCAGCACUGCGGGCCGAUGCGGUGACUAUCGAGGCAUGCCCAACCCAAUCAUACAAGUGGCAAAGACAGGCGAUUUAAGUUGGACCCGUAACCAGGAGCUAACAUUUCCCGGAAUUUAUUAUUAUGGCUAUGUCGUUUCCAUUUUUCUUUCCGGCUAUUUAGCUGAUCGAUGCAGCAGCAAGAGGAUUUUUAUCCUCUCGAUUAUCCUGACAGCUCUGGUCUAUAUCCUGCUACCAUUUACGGCUCAUUAUAGCUUCGAAGCAGCAGCAGUGAACCUAGUGAUCUGCGGAUUUCUGGCGGGCGGCGGAAAUCCAGCUUUGUAUAAACUGUUCGUUAUCUGGGCGCACCCCACGGAGAGAACGUCUUUGAUUGCAUUUGCCUACAGCGGGAUUCUUAUAGGAUCUCUGACGGUGUAUCCCCUGGCCGGUUUUUUAAGCGAAUUUUCCUGGGAGCUCCCUUUCUAUGUGAUAGGCUGCGCAUCUUUGGUUUUUGGAAUUCUCUGCAUUUGGCUUAUAUAUGACAAUUUGGAUCAACAUCCGCGUAUAACUAAAAAGGAAUUGGAAUACUUGCAACAAGGAGUUUUAGUACAAAAUACACAGACGGUUAAGGUUCCUUGGAAGAAGUUGCUAAGCUCCCUUCCGGUAUACUCCUUCAUAAUGACCCAUGUGUUUCAUAAUUACACCUUUUUGGUGCUUGCAAUUUCAAUGCCACGAUUAAUGCGGGAGGCAAUGGAAUUUGAUUUAAGGCAUGUGGGAGUUUUCUCAUCUAUUCCCUUCUUGGGCGCAUGCUGCUCGAAGGCCGUGUGCAUCCUUGGUGGAAGCUAUCUAGAGCGCCGCAUGGGAUCUUAUCAAAACUGGAUGCGUCGCCUUUUUUAUGUCAUCUGUUGCAUAGUGGCAAUAUGCUGCACAAUCGGUAUUAUCAUGUCUGAUUGUGGGUACAAAAUGUUGGUCCUGUUUAUGUUAACCCUACUCAUGUGCUUCUCGGAUUUGGGAUUCAGCAUCUACUGGCCCACCUUGCUUUACUUUGGACCCUCCUUUGCCGGCUUAAUUUCGGGAAUGGCCAAUGGACUAGCACAUCUAUCCGGGUUUUUGGCGCCACUUCUUGUGGCUUCUCUCGUGCAUACUGGUAAUAAAUCCGAAUGGAAUAUGGUUCUGUUGACUGUGAUAGCGUUCAAUAUCAUGGCCUUGCUGGUAUUUGGACUUUGCAGCAGUACGAAAUUACAACCUUGGGAUCCAAGGAGCAACAAGGCGCCAACUGAGAACAGAGAAUCCAAAGAAAAUAAUAGUUAACUUUAAAUUGGCUUUCGUUGUUAUACAUUAUUAAUAUAAGUACUGAAUAAUAAGUACUUUUUAUUUAAAAUAUUUACUUCUGGAA